AGCAACCCAUUAAGCCUCAACCCUACUUUCUCAUUUAAACCCUUACCUUCUUCCCAAACCCUAGAAAUCCCUCUUUCACUCCCACUCUCUCUCCUCUCGUAACCUGCCGCUCAAAUCUCCGUCUCUCUCUUUCUCUCUCCUCGCGCAGAACUUCAACAAUGGCGGAUGUCGAAGGAGAGGUAGCAGCAGCAGCAGGAGCUGCACCAAAGAAGAGAACAUUCAGGAAGUUUAGUUACAGAGGAAUCGACCUUGAUGCUCUUCUUGACAUGUCGACUGAAGAACUCGUCAAGCUUUUCCCCGCUCGUAUUCGCAGAAGGUUAUCAAGAGGAUUGAAGCGUAAGCCUAUGGCACUCAUCAAGAAGCUUCGCAAAGCGAAACGUGAGGCUCCACCUGGUGAGAAGCCCGAGCCAGUUAGGACUCACCUUCGUAACAUGAUCAUUGUUCCUGAGAUGAUAGGUAGUAUCAUUGGUGUUUACAAUGGAAAGACCUUCAACCAAGUUGAAAUCAAGCCUGAGAUGAUUGCCCACUACUUGGCGGAGUUCUCCAUUUCGUACAAGCCUGUGAAGCACGGUAGACCCGGUAUUGGUGCUACCCAUUCUUCAAGGUUCAUCCCUCUUAAGUGAAGAGGUCAUAUUACAUUUUCUCAGCUUAUAGAACUCAGUCGCUCUAGGUUUUUUGUUUUAAUGUGCCAUCAUUUGCUCUUUUAAGAGUACUAUGAUUUUUGCGAGCUGUUUGGAUUACCCGGAUGUGUUUGAUUAUAAUUCUAUUCUGGCAAUGUAUCAAGUUUUAUUGAACUUUUAAA